CUUACAAGAUUUUGUUGUAUAGGUAGUAUUUCGAUACACAAUAAGUAAACCUUUUUUAGUUAUUUUUUAUUUUUAUAUAGAUGGACAGAAAACUACUACUGUUGUGACAGCAGAUACGACAAUAUCAUCUGAAUCAAUUCUGAAUAACAAGAAUGUACCGGAAAAUGUUAUUACUGUGCAAGGAUUGAUACAAAAACACUUUGACAUUCCUCUGAUAAUUGCAGAGGAUGAACCAAAAGUGUAUAGUUUCAUUAAAAGUGCUCAAUUGUUGAAUUCUAAUGAAAUUCGCAACGAAAAAACGAAAAUCGACCAAUUUAUGGAGAACUUAGUCGAUGACUCUUAUGUUGCACGUGGCCUAGGUUUGAUUACUGCAACUGUUGGACGUCAAUCAGAAUUUUACUUGUACUCAAAAUAUGAUAAUAAUUUUGAUAACAUCUCAAUUAGACUCAAUGGACGGAACGGUGAAAUUGGUCAAAUCACAAUAUUAAGCAAAAACCCUGCAAAUAUUGUUGAACCAAAAUCAAUUCCCAUGGACUAUAUUUAUGAUAAAGAUCGAAUCAAAGUUAUUUACACACCAUUCGCAGAAGGAGUGUAUACAUUAACUCUAGUACGAAACAGUUUAUCCAUUUGCCGCUCUCCAUACUACAUAUCAGUAGAAAAAAGCCCGACAAAUUCUAGAUCUCAAAUUCGGUUAGGCACAAAGAAAUAUAAACCAGUAACUAAGUGUUCUAAAUCUAAACAGUCAUCUCUUGAAACAUGUGACAAUAGUAUACCUGUCAUUGAACCCAGCAAACCAUCUAUUUGUAAAAAUAUUCUUCCAGAAUCUGAAAAAACCCCUAAACGAACAGACGUUAUGUCUAUUGUCACAAAAUUUGAAUCAAAUAGUGUAAAUUUCAAAAAAAGGGUUCAUAAAAAUACAUCUAGCAUAUCCGAAAAAAGUUCGGAAGCUGAUAUGAUCAAUGAAAUUCCAAAGUAUUCGAAUAUUCUACCAAAAAUUGAAACCUACAACAUCCAUGAUACUUAUGUCAGUGAUUUAAAUGUACCUAAAAUUCAUUCAAAAACAAAAUCCACUGACAAAAACUUUUGGAAUGACGUAGAUAUUACCUAUAAAAAUAGUAAAGCAAGUGAUAUAAAUACUAUAGAUUCUGAAAGUGAGCGAAUAAAGAAGCCCAUGACAAAGUUCAAUGAACAUGUUGGAAUUACAAAAGAUAUACCUGAGGUAAAAAAUGUAUCAUCAACUCGCUUACAACCUACAAACAGUGUAUUGGUGGAAAGUUUGAAAAUUGAGAAUUUACAUAAUGUAAAAAAACACAAUCAAACGUUUAAAACAAUUGAACUUAUGGACGAAAAUAAACUGAUUGAAAAACUUUUAGACCCUACCACUAGAAUAUAUGAAUCCGAAAUCAAAUGCAUAGACAACGAACCAUGUAUACAAAAUGAAGUAUCGUGUUUUGAUGAUGAAGACAGAAAAACUGUAGUUGUAAUGGACAAUAACGAGAUAGAAUCAAAUCCAAAUGAUACUGUGACUCAACAAAUUAUUGAUUCGGCACAAUACAAUAUUAAUACUCCUUUUGCAAGUGUUAUUACAAAAAUAACUAAUAGUAUUUGUGAAAAAUGUUCCAUACAAGUGUUAAAAAUAAUUUCCGAGUUUCCUAGGGAUAUAAACAUAACACAUAAAAACAAUUCAAAUGAAAUGCAGUCAAGCUUUGAAACUCUUCUUGCACAGCCAAUUAGCAUAAAUAUUAAUAUAGAUAAUAUGUUUGAACAGCCCAUUAAUGCCACAAAUGAACAUGAUAGUGAACAUUUACUGACUAAUGGUCAAACAAAAAUAAAACACAUUGGUACAAUCGAUAAAGACAUAAAAUGUAGUCAUCUAAAUGAAAUUGAAUCAAUAGAUAAUGAUUCUGAUGAACUAUGUGGCAAUAUCAAUAACAUGCCUAAAGAAUUAAUGAUAAAACAAAAUAAACACAAUAGUAAAAUAGAUGAGACGAUUAAAGAUGAAAUAUUCGAUCAUAGUAUCGUACCAUUCGCCGAUCAUACGAGAGAUAAACAGUUUGCAGUACGCAAAAACAACGAAUUGUCUACAAAUGAAAUAAUGAAAAUAAAAUAUUCAACAACUAAUGAAGAUAAUGUAUUACACUCCAAUCAAUUUAAUAAUAACACCAUUCAUAAAUCAGAUAGUAAAAUGGAAAUACAUAGACAACAUUUACAGAAAUCCUCAGAACAUAGUAUAGACUUAAUUAAAACAAAUCAGUUUCAUGAAAAUCUCAAUAAAGAAUUGAAUCCUGUAAGUAAAGAGAGUAAUAAACCUUUAGACACAAGUAAUUUAGUAACAAUUAAUUUUGAUAAAAACACAAAUUGUGAACUGGUAACAGAUGAAUUCAAAAUCAAUAACGUUAUUUUCCCGGAUGAAAAUACAAAUAUUCAAAGUUCUGUAAUAAAUAACAUAGUAUUAGCGUCAAAGGAAGUUACAUUAGCGACUACAGAAUAUAAAUCGGAAGAUAAUAAAGAACAGACAAAUAAUAUAUCCUAUAAAGAUGUUACAUUAACUUUGAUCCAGAAUGAAAAACAAAAAUUAAUAAUUGAAAAGUCAAUUGAACCUGUUUUAAACAGUUUCAAAAAUAAAAUGGUUGAAAAAAUUACACAAUUAUAUUUAAAUAGGGAUUUAUUAAAUACAGAUAAUACUUCAACUUUUGAAACUCACGAUAAACAUCUAACAAAUAAUUUACAUGAAAUUCAAAUUAAUAACAACACUAAUAGUACAGAAAUAAUAUUAGACCAACAAAAAACGGAUAAUAACCAUCUACAUAAAUAUGUUGAAAAUAUAAUAAAAACAAAAAUAAAUCCAAAUGGUUUGUAUGCACAUACAUUAGGUGAAAUAAAACUUCAAACACUUGUAAAUACAGCCAUGAAUCACCCAAAUGACCAACAAAUAGACAUUGAGUUUAAAAACAUGAUAAUAGACAACGAUACCCAAGAUGACAAACUAAAGAAAAUUAAUAAUGAUGAAAUAGUACAAGAUCUAGAGGCUGUGUUGGUUGAAAUACCAAGUGUUACAAUAAUUAAAAAUACAGAUGAAAUAAUAUUACCUAAAAACGAAGUAACAGUUACAACUCAAUGUAAAAUCCCAUUAAUAAAUGACUUUGAUAAUAUAGAGAUAGAAAAUACAAACACAGAUAGCAAACAAGAAAUACAAACAAUCAAUGUAAAUGAAAAUGAUACAAUUGUAGAAACUAACGCCGUAGAAAUAAAAGCGUUGCAAGACUUUCAAAAAUCACACAACACAGAAAUUAUAACUCCAUUCAUAGAACUUCGGCCAACACUAGAAACACGGAUAAUGAAUACUUUAGAGCUUGUAACAGUAGAAGAAAAUAGUUCAAAAGAAAUUCAAACUACAAUAGAUAUCAUUGACUCAAUUAAUAUACCCGAAGAAACUGAUGCAGUGGAAAAUAUAGACGAUAAAAAUGAAUACGAAACAGUAAAAUUACAGUUUACGGAAAAUGUAAUAAAAAUACCACAUUUGGUCGAAAAAGAAACUUUAAAUGAAGUUGUACAAAAUACAAGUACGAAAUCAAAUUCAACAGAAAGUGUAUCAAUGCAAGCCGAAAUCGAAUCGCCGGGGUUAACAAAAGUAUGUAGUGCUAAUGAUGUAACUAUAGAAAAAGAUAUUAUAUAUGAAUUACCACCGCCAGCUGAGAAUAUUUUCGAUAAAUCAAAUUCACAAAGCAUACCAACACUUAAUGCAAAAGUUUCAAAAAAUGCGGCAAAAGUAACAAUAGGAAUAAAUACAUCAGACUUACAGUUCUCAAAUACAGCUAUAACAGUAUUAAUCCCAUCAAAAAUACAAUUAAUUGAAAAUAACUCAUUUAUUCUCAAACUAAGGAUAUUAAGUACCUUAGAUAAGUUAGAUGCAAUGGAAAUAUUAACGAUACCUAAAUAUCCAGCAACAUGUGAUACAGAAAAAACAAAAAGGGAAUUACAAAAUACACCAGAACCAACCUUAUCCCCAAACAAGUUAUACAUGAAAAAUAUAAGAUUAGAGAAAAGAGAAACUAUAGAUGAAACUAUACCAACUGAUACUGAAAUUGAAACAUUAGAAUAUCUAAAUAAAUCUGUAAAAAUAAAACCAAUUUCUAAUGAUAUAUUAGAAGAAACUAUGGAAUCAAAAACAGAAAAAAAUACCUUACAUAAAACAUUAAAUCCAAAAUAUAAGGUGACAACUCUAGAAUCGACCGUAAAUGAAAUUAAUUGUGAUAAUACAGAAAACGAGACAACAAUAUCAAUUAGUUCUUCGGCUGGGGAAGUAGUGGAAAAACCUAUAAAAAAACAUACAGAAAUUGAAUCUACACCACUAAUUUAUUCUCAAUGUGAACCUGAUAAAAAGGUUGAUGAGAUGCUUAUUUGUACUGAAGCAGAGACUCCUACCAUUAUUGACAACUCUACGGCACCUUUAGUGGGCAAAAUUGUGGUAGAAUUUGUAACCAAUAAGAAUAAAAUACCUAUUGAAGCAUUAGAAAUUAUCGUACAUGAACAAAUAGAAGAAGACAUUGUAACCGUAAGUGAAAUCAGCCCAACAAUGAAUUCUUUGGGAGCAAUUGUGGAUGAACAAGUAAAUAUAAAAAUCGACGGAUCGGAUACAUACUACGUUAGGUUAGAUGAUAAUGUAAUAAAUACAGGAACAAACACUCGAACAUCAAUUGGUCAAAAUAAUGCAGAAAAAAUUAUUGAAAAAGAAUCUCCGGUACCAAUUAAUACUUUAACGGGAGUAGUCAUGGAAAACCCCAAAAUGAACAUUGCAACUGUAACCGAAACAACAUCAUGUACUAAUUCUGCGACUGAAACCACAGACGUUAAAACAGACGUGGAAAAAGUUAUUGAAGAAGAAUCUCCGUCACCAAUUAGUUCUUCAGGUGAACUAGUGCAGGAAAAUAUGAAUAUGAACAUUAAAACAGAAAACGAAACUUUAUUACCUAUCGAAUCAACCGUGGAAUCAAAUGUGGAACCAAAAAUUGAAAAUAUAACUGAACCUGAAAUCACAUCAUGUACUGAAUCUUCAACUGAAAUUAUUAACAAUCAAUUUCAUGCAGAAAAAAUUGUUGACGAUGUACUAAUUGAUUCUUUAGGUGAAGUAGAGGGGGAAAAUAUGAAUACUAAAAUUGUUACAGUGAAUGAAACACUCUUAUCAAAUUGUUCAACCGAGGAAUCAAUGAUGGAACCAAAAGUAGAAGAAGAUAUAACUGUAGCCACAAAAACAGCAUCUGCUGAUUCUUCUACUUUAACCGUAGAUGUUCAAACAGAUGUGGAAAAAGUUAUUGAAGAAGAAUCUACGGCACCAAAAAAUGUCUUAAGUGAAUUAGUAGUUCUGAAUAUUGAUACAGAAAAUGAAACACUUUUAAAAAUUGAUAAAAUUACUGGAUCUGUGGAAGAAAAGGAAGAAACAGAUGGACUUAUCCAAACUAUAUUACCUAUGAAAUUAACUACGGAAUCAAUAAAGGAACCAAACGGAAUUGAAGAUAUAACUGAAAUCACAUCAUGUACUGAAUCUUCAACAAAAAUAAUACAAUAUCAAGAUCAUGCAGAAAAAAUGUUCGAUCAAGAAGCGCUUCCGGUACCAAUUAAUUUUUUGGAAGAAGAAGUGGAUAGAAAAUCCAAAGUGAUCAUUGAUAUAGAAACUGAAACACAUUUACCAAUUGUAUCAACAAUAGAAACAAUAGAGAAACCAAAAUUGGUUGAAAGUAUUAUAGCAACUGAAAUACCGUAUUGUACUGAAUCAUCAACUGAAAUUACUGACAAGCAAAUUGAUUCAGAUAAUGUAAUUGUUGAACCAUCUCCAACACCAAUUAAUAUUUUAAGUGAAAUUGUAGGGGUAAAAACUAAAUUGAACAUUAAUACAGAAAGCGAAGCAUUAUUACCGAUGCUUAAUUAUGUGGAAGAAAAAGAAGUAAUAGAGGAAACUUCUGAAAUUGUAUUACCAAUUGAAUCAGCAAUGGAAUUUAUACAAGAACCAAAAUUAGAAGAAGAUAUAAUUGAAAUAAAAAUCAGAUCAUAUACCGAUUCUUCCACUGUUGUCAAUCAAAAGGAUAUAAAAAACGUUAUUGAAGAAGAAUCAUCGACACCAAUCCAUUCAUUAGGUGAAGUAGUGGAGAAAAAUAUGAAUGAUAACAUUGAUAAAGAAAAUGAAAUCUUAUUACCAAAUGAUUCAAUUACUGGGUCUAUGGAAGAGAAGAAAGAAAAAGAUGGACAUAUCGACCCUUUAUUAACUAUGAAAUCAACUAUGGAAUCUAUAAAGGAACCAAAAGAAGAUGAAGAUAUAACUGUAGCAGAAAUAACAUCAUGUACUAAUUCUUCAUCUGUAAUUUUAGAAAUUCAAAUGGGUGUAGAAAAAGUGAUCGAAGAAGUGCCCGCCGAACUAAUUAAUUCUAAAAUAAUUGGAGAAAAAACGAAAGUGAAUAUAGAUACAGAAUAUGAAACAAUUUUACUAACUGAAUCAACAAUUGAAUCUAUAGCAGAACCAGAAAUAAAUGAAGAUAUAACUCAAACAAAAAUAGUAUCAUGUACUGCUCCUUCCAAUGCAACUAUAAACGUUCAAACUGAUUUAGAAAAAGUAAUUGAAGAAAGAUCUAAGGCACCAAUUAAUUGUUCAGAUGAGGAAGUGGGUGGAAAAUCGAAUGUAAAUAUUCAUACAGAAAAUGAAAUUCUUUUACCUAUUGAAUUGACCAUGGAAACUAUUACAAUACCGAAAACAGUAGAGAAUAUAACAAAAACCAAAAUUUCAUCAUGUACUGAUUCCUGCAUUUUAACUGUAGACGCUCUAACAGAUGCUGAGAAAGGGCUUGAUGUAGUUACCCCAGAACCAAUAAAUUAUUCAGGAGCGGUAGUUGCGGAAAAAACUAAUAUGGAUAUUGGCACCGGAAAAGAAACAAAAUUACCAAUAUUAACAUCAACCCCUUCAGUGGAAGAUAGGAAAUCAAUAGAAGGAACUACUGAAAUUGUAUUACCAAUUAAAUCAACUAUGGUAUUCAACAAGGAACCAAAAGUAGUAGAAGAUAAAACGGUAACUGAAAUAACGCUAUGUACUGAUUUUGCAUCUUUGAACUUAGAAACUAAAAUAGAUGUAGAAAAUGUGACCGAUGAAGUAUCUAUGGCACCAAUUAAUUCCUUUGAUGAAGAAGUGGGUGGGAAAUCGAAAGUAAAUAUUGGUACAGAAAAUGAAACAGUAUUACCAAUUAAAACAUCUACUGGUCUAGUGGAAGAUAGGAAAGCAAUAGAAGGAUCUACUGAAUUAAUAUUACUAAUUGAAUCAAAUAUAGAAUUUAAAGAGGAAUCAAUAGUAGUAGAAGAUAUAAAUGUAACCGAAAUAACAGCAUGUACUGAUUCCUCAUCUAUAAUCGUAGAAACUAAAACAGGUUUAGAAAAAGUAAUCGAAGAAGUGCCCACAGUGCUAAUUAAUUCUUCAUGUAAGGUAAUUGGAGAAAAAACGCAAGUUAAUAUGGAUACAGAAUAUGAAACUAUUUUACCAAUAGGAUUAACCAUGGAAUCUGUAGAGGAACCUAAUGCAGUUGAAGAUAUAACUGAAACUGAAAUAGCAUCAUGCACUGAAUCAUCAACUGAAAAUAUGAUAGAUGUUCAAUCAAAUAAACAAAAAUAUAUGACAGAAAAAUCUCCAGUACCAAUUGAUUCUUCAGAUGUGGGCAGAAAAUCGAAAGUAAAUUUUGAUACAGAAGAUGAAACAUUUUUACCAAUGGUAUCAACAAAAGACUCUAUAGAUAAAGAGUUUGAUGAAGUUAUUCCAGAACCAAUUAAUUCUUCAGGUAACGCAGUGGUGGAGAAAAUUGAUAUGAAUAUUGAUACCGGAAAUGAAACAAUAUUACCAGUAAAAAAAUCUACUUCUUCAGUGGAAGAUAGGAAGGCAAUAGAAGCAACUGCUGGAAUUGUAUUACCAAUUGAAUUUACUAUGGAAUUCAAAAAGGAACCAAAAGUAGUAGAAGAUAUACCUGUAACCGAAAUAACAGAAUAUACUGAUUCCUGCAUUUUCACUGUAGACGGUCAAACAAACAUAGAGAAAAAGCUUAAUGUAGUUAACCCAGUAUUAUUUAAUUCUUCAGGUAAGAUAAUUGGAGAAAAAACGAAAGUGAAUAUGGAUACAGAAUAUGAAACCAUUUUACCAAUUGGAUUAACCAUGGAAUCUGUAGAGGAACCUAAUGCAGUUGAAGAUAUAACUGAAACUGAAAUCACAUCAUGCACUGAAUUUUCAACUGAAAAUAUGAUAGACGAUCAAACAAAUAAUAAAAAUUAUAUGGCAAAAAAAUCUCCAACACCAAUUAAUUCUUCAGUUGAAGAAGUGGGUGGAAAAUCGAAAGUAAAUAUUGAUUCAGAAGAUGAAAAACUUUUACCAAUUUUAUCAACAAAAGAGUCUAUAGAGGAAAUAAAAAUUGAACCAACUGUAGUUACUGAAACUAAUAUCCUAUCAUGUACGGAAUCUUCAACCAUAAUAAUUAAUUAUCAAAAUCAUACAGAAAAAAAUGUUGACGAUGUACUAAUUGAUUCUUUAGGUGAAGUAGAGGGGGAAAAUAUGAAUACUAAAAUUGUUACAGAGAAUGAAACACUCUUAUCAAAUUGUUCAACCGAGGAAUCAAUGGUGGAACCAAAAGUAGAAGAAGAUAUAACUGUAACCACAAAAACAGCAUCUGCUGAUUCUUCUACAUUAACCGUAGAUGUUCAAACAGAUGUGGAAAAAGUUAUUGAAGAAGAAUCUCCGUCACCAAUUAGUUCUUUAGGUGAACUAGUGCAGGAAAAUAUGUAUAUGAACAUUAAAACAGAAAACGAAACUUUAUUACCCAUCGAAUCAACUGUGGAAUCUAUUGGGGAACCAAAAAUUGAAAAUAUAACUGAACCUGAAAUCACAUCAUGUACUGAAUCUUCAACUGAAAUUAUUAACAAUCAAUUUCAUGCAGAAAAAAUUGUUGGCGAUGUACUAAUUGAUUCUUUAGGUGAAGUAGAGGGGGAAAAUAUGAAUACUAAAAUUGUUACAGAGAAUGAAACACUCUUAUCAAAUUGUUCAACCGAGGAAUCAAUGGUGGAACCAAAAGUAGAAGAAGAUAUAACUGUAACCACAAAAACAGCAUCUGCUGAUUCUUCUACAUUAACCGUAGAUGUUCAAACAGAUGUGGAAAAAGUUAUUGAAGAAGAAUCUCCGUCACCAAUUAGUUCUUUAGGUGAACUAGUGCAGGAAAAUAUGUAUAUGAACAUUAAAACAGAAAACGAAACUUUAUUACCCAUCGAAUCAACUGUGGAAUCUAUUGCGGAACCAAAAAUUGAAAAUAUAACUGAACCUGAAAUUACAUCAUGUACUGAAUCUUCAACUGAAAUAAUUAACAUUCAAUUUCAUGCAGAAAAAAUUGUUGACCAUGUACUAAUUGAUUCUUUAGGUGAAGUAGAGGGGGAAAAUAUGAAUACUAAAAUUGUUACAGAGAAUGAAACACUCUUAUCAAAUUGUUCAACCGAGAAAUCAAUGGUGGAACCAAAAGUAGAAGAAGAUAUAACUGUAACCACAAAAACAGCAUCUGCUGAUUCUUCCACUUUAACCGUAGAUGUUCAAACAGAUUUGGAAAAAAUUAUUGAAGAAGAAUCUCUUUCACAAAUUAAAUCUUUAGGUAAAGAAGUGCAAGUAAAUACAAAAAAUGAAACACUUUUACAAAUUGAUACAUCCACUAGUUCUGUGGAAGAAAUGAAAGAAAUCGAUGAACUUAUCAAAACUUUACUACCGAUUAAAUCAGAUAUGGAAUCUAUAAAGAAAGUGGAAGAUAUAAACGAAACAAAAAAAAUAUCAAUCACUAAUUCUUCCAUUAUAACCAAAGAUAUUCAAACAGGCGUAGACAUAGUUGAAAAUAAAUCUCCGACACAGGUUAAUUUUUCAGUUAAUAUACUGGGGGAAAAUACGAAAGUGAAUAAUGAUACAGAAAAUGAUACAAUUUUACCAAUUGAAUCAGCCGAGGAAUUAACGGUGCAACCAAAAGUAGAAGCAGAUAUAACUGAAACCGCAACAACAUCAUGUACUGAUUCUUCUUCUGUACCCGUAGACGUUCGAACAAGUGUAGAAAAAGUUAUUAAAGAAGUAUCUCCAGCACCAAGUCAUUCAUCGGGUGAAGUAUUGGGUGAAUCUACAAAGUUGUAUAUUGAUACAGAAAAUGAAACACUUUUACAAAAUGAUAAAUCUAUAACGCCUGUAAAAGUAGUUUUAGAGGAAAAAAUUAUAGAAAACGAAUAUUCAACACCAACUUUUUCUCCAUUUUUAGAUGUGGAAAAACAAAUUAAUGCAAUUAUUGAUUCCAAAACAGAAACUCUAUUCCCAACUGGAACUAACACAACAUUUGUAAAUGAACCAAAUGUGGUGGAGCAUGUAUCUGAAAAUGAACAUGCAGCAUUUAUAGAUUCUUCAAUUACAAGCAUAAAGCAGCAAAUAAAAGUUGAUACUAAAACAGAAAUUGAAACAUUAUUACUUAUUGACAAUUUAACUGAAUCUAUUAAGGAACAAAUAGUUGAAACAAUUACUGAAAAUAAAACUCCAACACUAAUUGAUUCAUUAGCAGAAAUGGCAGGGGAAGGAAGUAAAGUGAACAUUGAUACAGAUAAUCAAACACAAUUAACAAUAAAUACAUCUUCUACAAUUGUAGAUGAUCAGAUCGUAAAAAAUUGUUCUGAAAAUGAAGCUCAAACUCCAAUACAUUGUGUUGCGAAUAUUGCAGAAGAACAGACAAAAGUGAACGUCGAACGAAAUAAUAAAACUAUCACACCAAUUGAUAUUUUUACCACAUCUAUAGAGGAACAGUUAAAUGUGGAAUAUUUAUGUGAAAAUGAAAACCCAUUACAUAUCGAUUCCGUGCCUACAAUGAUUAAGAAUCAAAUGAAAAUAAAUAUUGAAACAGAAAAUGAAACUUUAUUAUCAAUUGAAAAUACAUCUUUCGAGGAUCAGAUGGAUGAAGUAGAUAAAAUAAUUCAAAAUAAUUUGUUGGUUGAUUUUUCAGUUGCAACUGAAUUAAAGGGAUAUGAAAUAUUAACUGAUAUAGAAACAGAACCAACAACAUCAAUUGACACUUUAAAUACAACGGUGAACAGACGAGCAGUGAAAGAAAAUUUUAAAGCAAUCGAAAGUAGAAUACAAAUUGCUACAUCAGCAGCAUUCGAAGAAGAACAAAAAUCGAUAGAACAUAUAAGUGUAAAGGAAAAUGUACUUUCAAUUGGCACUACCACUGCGUCUGUAGAGGAAGAGAUACAAGUAGAAGAAGCUAUCGAAAAUGAAUCGGCUACAUUAAUUAGUUAUUCAACUAUACACGAUAUAGGAUCUUUAGAAGACCAAAAGUAAUCAAAAAUGAUACUACGGCAAUGAAGUCUUUUGUU